GCCCUCUGUGGCAGACGCGGAUUGGCUGGAAGGGGUCCUCGGAAGUGAUGCACCGAGAAGCCCACGUGUGCGGUUCCAUCCCACAUGGCGGUGCUUCUGAAGAGGCUGCUGCAGUCGGCGAGGCCCCCCACGGCCUUGGGCCGCCCCGUAGGACGGCGCGAGGCCAGCAUGGGCACUGAUCCCGGGGCUGCAGUGCGGGUGCGGUUCGCCCCCAGCCCCACAGGCUUCUUGCACCUGGGUGGCCUACGCACUGCCUUAUACAACUAUAUCUUUGCCAAGAAGCACCAAGGGAGCUUCAUCCUCAGGCUGGAAGACACGGAUCAGACCCGCCUUGUGCCUGGGGCAGCAGAGAAUAUUGAAGACAUGCUGGAGUGGGCAGGCAUCCCCCCAGACGAGAGCCCCCGCCGGGGAGGUCCAGCGGGGCCGUACCAGCAAUCCCAGCGACUUGAGCUCUACACCCGGGCCACAGAGGCGUUGCUGGAGUCUGGCGCUGCUUACCCCUGCUUCUGCUCACCACAGCGCCUGGAGCUCCUGAAGAAGGAGGCCCUGAGGAAUCACCAGACGCCCCGGUAUGACAAUCGGUGCCGGAAACUGAGCCAGGGGCAGGUGGCCCAGAAGCUAGCCACAGGCCCCAAACCUGCUAUCCGCUUCCGCCUGGAUGGGGAGGCACCAGCCUUCCAGGACCUGGUGUAUGGCUGGAAUCGGCAUGAAGUAGCUAGUGUGGAGGGGGACCCGGUCAUCCUGAAGAGCGAUGGCUUUCCCACAUACCACCUGGCAUGCGUGGUGGACGACCACCACAUGGGCAUCAGCCACGUGCUGCGGGGCUCCGAGUGGCUGGUCUCCACCUCCAAACAUCUACUUCUGUACCAGGCCCUGGGCUGGCAACCACCUCGCUUUGCCCACCUGCCCCUGCUCCUCAAUAGGGAUGGCAGCAAGCUGUCCAAGAGGCAAGGAGACAUUUUCCUGGAGCAUUUUGCUGCUGCCGACUUCCUGCCAGAUGCCUUGCUGGACAUCAUCACCAACUGUGGCUCCGGGUUUGCAGAGAACCAGAUGGGCAGGACCCUGCCUGAGUUGAUAACACAGUUUGACCUGACCCGGGUCACCUGCCACUCAGCCCUGUUGGACCUGGAGAAGCUCCCGGAAUUUAACAGGCUGCACCUGUGUCGGUUGGUGAGCAGUGAGACCCAGAGACGCCAGCUGGUGGGGAAGCUGCAGGCCCUGGUGGAGGAGACGUUCGGCAGCCAGCUGCGAGACAGGGAUGUCCUGGACCCAGCCUACGUGGAGAGGAUCAUCCUGCUGAGACAGGGUCACAUUUGCCGCCUGCAGGAUUUGGUCUCCCCGGCACAUUCCUACCUGUGGACUCGCCCUGCCGUGGGCCGAGUGCAGCUGGGCGCCAUCUCGGAGAAGGUGGACUUGAUUGCCGAGCGUGUGCUGGGGCUUUUAGAAAGACCCGGUAUGAGCUUAACUCAGGACGUGCUGAGUGGAGAACUGAAGAAGGUAUCAGAAGGUCUGGAGGGGACCAAACACAGCAACGUGAUGCAAGUCCUCCGAGUGGCCCUCAGUGGACAGCGGCAAGGACCUCCGGUAGCUGAGAUGAUGGUGUCCUUGGGAGCGAAGGAAGUACGGGAACGAAUACAGAAGGUGCUUUCCAGCUAGAGAGAAGAUAUGACAGAGGAAGAGGCAGCCCUAGGAACCUGGACGUGCAUGGAAAUUGCCUUCAGAGCAAAGCAGAAGGGGCCUGGGGUCCAUCAGGAAGCUCACAGAAGGAAUCCCGAGUGGAAACGGUCUCUGGGUGCACCCAGUGCGUUUAUGGCUUCCUCUCACCUCGUGCUUGGUUCUAACACCACAUGACACAGCACAGGUUAGGAGCUGGUUCACGAGGGCUUGUGUCAUAUUCAGCUCAGGCUCCCGUAAUGGCUUAAACAAGAGAAAGUUAACUUCCUCACAGUUCUGGAGUCUGGAAGUCCCAAGUUCAAGGUGUCAGCAGAUGUGGCUUCCCAGAGGCCUCUCUCCUUGGCUUGCCAUUGGCCACCUUCUCUCUGUGUCCUCGCAUGGUCUUUCCUCAGUGUGUGCUCUUGGUGUCUCUCUGGGUAUUCAGAUCUCUUCUUAUGAGGACACAGGUCAGAUUGGAUUAAGGCCUACCCUCAUGGCCCAAUUUUAACUUACCUCUUUAGAAGUCCUGUCUCCACACACAGUCACAUUCUGAGGUCCUGGGGGUUAGGGCUUCGGCAUAGGAGUGUUGAGGGGAUGCAGUGCAGCCCCUAACAGCUUGGCAUCUCCCUGGACUCACGGGUCGCAGUGUUCAGGCCCCGCUUGUAGGUGAAGCAGUAAAAGAUGAAUGACACCAGCAGGGCUGAACUGGAUGGCACACUCUCUGGGGCUUGUAAAAGAAGUGACCGUCUGCCGAGGGCGAGCACUACGCUUUAUACCAGUCUUACACACUCUGCUUUGUCCUUGUAUUCGGGCGCCUGUGUCUCCUUCUCUAAAGGCCCUUUCUUCCUCUUUUCUAGUUCUCCAGACCUGGUCCUCGGACUGGAGACCUUCAUCCCCCCUGUUUUACACCUUUUUCUUCAUACCUACCUCCUCCUUCUGCCCAUUCUUGUAAGUCAUUGUCUGCAGGUUUCUGAAAUAAGAUGUUCUUUUUUUU